CUUCUGAUUAAUCUCUUCAGAGGAACAGUGCAGGAAACUGGACAGGCCCGUUGUGUUUAGAGGGAGCUGUUCAGCACCAGUAGUUAAGUUACAUGUAACUUACCACUGAAGGGACAUAACAGUAAAUCCAAUGGCCUGGUCAGCUAUAUUGUUCCCGGACUGCUGCUGCUUCCAGUGGUUUCCCAGCUAAAUUCAAUGAAAUGGCAACGCAUGUGGGUGGAAACAAGCGUCCCCUACGAAGGAGACGAGAGGACGGAGAGAAUAAUGUCAGCGCGAAGAGGGACAAACCUGGAGCCAGUCGGUUGGAGUCUUGUUUGGAUCAGCCAAUGGAUUCAGACAGUAUCCAUGAAGUCAUCAAGUAUACGCCCUCACCGCUACCAGCCAAACAUUAUGAUGCCGAUACCACUGAACCAAUCAGCUGUGGGCUUCUGACUUUGGAGGAGCUGUUGUCGUGGAAACGAAGCGAGGCAAACCCAUUUGUGGGAGUGGUGCCUCUGGCACCUCGGGCGCCUUCUCUGGCCAGUUGUCCACGUCGGACCCUGGUCUCUCAUGACAUGAUGGGCGGCUACCUAGACGACAGGUUUGUCCAGGGGACAGUUGCAGAGGCUCCUUAUGCCUUCUACCACUGGCAGUACAUUGAUAUUUUCAACUACUUCACACACAACCUGGUGACUAUUCCUCCUGCUGUGUGGACCAAUGCCGCACAUAAACAUGGAGUCGUUGUUCUAGGGACUUUCAUCACCGAGUGGACUGAUGGCGCAGAGAUAUGCAAGGCCUUCCUGAAAGACGAGGAGUCGUACCGGGCAGUGGCUGAUAAGCUAGUCCAGAUCAGUCACUGUUAUGGCUUUGAUGGCUGGCUCAUUAACAUAGAGAACCCCCUCAGCGAGGUUACAGUGAAGAACACGCCUUUGUUCCUGCGCUAUCUGACUGACCAGAUGCACGAGCGAUUGUCCGGCAGCCUGGUCGUGUGGUACGACAGUGUGAUCGAAAACGGACAGCUAAAAUGGCAAAAUGAACUCAACCAGUCCAACAGGAUGUUUUUCGAUGCUUGUGAUGGUUUAUUCACCAACUACAACUGGACGGAGCAGAACCUGGAGUGGAUGAGUGAAUUCAGUGGGGUCCAAGGCCGCCAGGCUGAUGUCUACAUCGGGGUGGACGUGUUCGCCCGAGGCAAGGUGGUGGGAGGAAUGUUCGAAACAAAUAAGGCACUGGAGAUCAUUCGGAAGCACAACUUCUCUGCAGCCAUCUUUGCUCCGGGCUGGGUGUAUGAGACCCACCACGAUAAGACCGAAUUUCGCAAGAACCAGGACAAGUUCUGGGCUCUUCUGUCAGACUACCUGUACAUCCAUGGGCCAGCCUCGUCUCUGCCCUUCAUCUCCUCCUUCUGCCAGGGCUUUGGGAAGGCUAUCUACUGGAAAGGAAAGCGUGAGGCGAUGAGGAGCUGGUUCAACUUGACUGCCCAGGAGAUCCAGCCCCUGUACUACCACACCGAGCUGGAGGCCCAGGGCUGGCUGAGGAGCCGCGGCUGCCCCGAGGACGCCUGGAACGGAGGCUGCUCACUGCUGCUGGACGGACUCAUCCCUGCUACACGUUGUAUCCCGCCUCCCACCCGGUAUCAGCUGGAAUAG